CGUGUGACAUCACACAGAUCCUUCGCUAGCCUCUCUCGGCAUAGCUCCGGUUUGUGUUGGGGGGAUGGUGCCGUGCCGAGGAUGAUAAAGCUAUCGUGGUGUUGUAAUUUACUGCUUGGCUAAAACCUUCCACUUCCUAACAGAGCCGCCCACACUGUUUUAUAUAUAUAUAGUACCCAUUUACGUAUGUAUUUUGGCGACGUUUGAGAAAAGUGGAGUACCCGUACGUACGACCACAGAGUGCACGCUGAACAAACGAUAAAAUGUAUUCCAGUGGAGCAGCUGGAGCUGCUGAGAUGCUUGAACCACCUCACUCCUCGGGGUCAAUUGGCCCUGACCCCUCUGAUCCAGAUCCCCCAUCUCCCCCAGUGCCAGAGUAUGUGUUCAAACCCCCCUCGCGGCCAGACUUUGGCACCAUGGGCAGGACAAUCAAACUGCAGGCCAACUUCUUUGAGAUGGAGAUCCCCAAACUGGAGGUCUACCACUACGACAUCGACAUCAAGCCAGAGAAAUGCCCCAGAAGGGUCAACCGUGAAAUUGUGGAGCACAUGGUACAGCACUUUAAAACGCAGAUCUUUGGGGAUCGAAAGCCAGUGUAUGACGGGAGGAAGAAUCUCUACACAGCCAUGCCCUUACCCAUAGGGAGGGAAAAAGUGGAGCUGGAAGUGACCAUCCCAGGCGAGGGGAAGGACAGGAGCUUCAAAGUGGCCAUAAAGUGGGUGUCCUGCGUCAGUUUGCAAGCUCUUCAAGAAGCCCUUUCGGGACGACUGCCAAACAUCCCCUUCGAGACCAUCCAGGCCCUGGAUGUGGUCAUGAGACAUUUGCCCUCUAUGAGGUACACCCCCGUCGGACGUUCUUUCUUCACCCCUUCAGAGGGAUGCUCUAACCCCCUUGGCGGGGGUAGGGAGGUCUGGUUUGGGUUCCACCAAUCAGUCAGGCCUUCCCUGUGGAAGAUGAUGCUAAACAUUGACGUGUCUGCCACCGCUUUCUACAAGGCUCAGCCUGUGAUUGAGUUCAUGUGUGAGGUUUUGGAUUUCAAAAGCAUUGAAGAACAACAGAAGCCCUUAACCGACUCCCAGAGAGUAAAGUUUACCAAGGAAAUCAAAGGUAAUCAUUCAUUACCAGGUCUGAAGGUUGAGAUCACUCACUGUGGUCAGAUGAAAAGGAAGUACAGAGUAUGUAAUGUUACCAGAAGACCAGCCAGCCACCAGACGUUUCCUCUGCAGCAGGAGAAUGGCCAGACCAUAGAAUGCACAGUAGCACAGUACUUCAAAGACAAGUACAAACUCAUACUACGCUACCCCCACCUCCCCUGUCUACAGGUUGGACAGGAGCAGAAACACACCUACCUCCCCCUUGAGGUAUGCAACAUAGUAGCUGGCCAGCGGUGCAUCAAGAAGUUGACAGACAAUCAGACGUCCACUAUGAUCCGUGCCACAGCCCGAUCGGCACCCGACCGCCAGGAAGAGAUCAGCAAACUGAUGAGAAGUGCCAACUUUAACAAUGAUCCUUACGUGCGUGAGUUUGGGGUGAUGGUGAGGGAUGAGAUGACCGAGGUGAAUGGCCGAGUCCUCCAGGCCCCAUCUAUCCUCUACGGAGGGCGGCAGAAUAAAGCAAUAGCAACUCCCAUCCAGGGAGUGUGGGACAUGAGGAACAAGCAGUUCCACACUGGCAUAGAGAUCAAGGUGUGGGCCAUCGCCUGCUUCGCCCCACAGAGACAGUGUACUGAACUCCUGCUCAAGGCGUUUACAGACCAGCUGCGUAAGAUUUCUCGUGACGCGGGGAUGCCCAUCCAGGGCCAACCCUGUUUCUGUAAGUACGCCCAGGGGGCGGACAGCGUGGAGCCCAUGUUCAAACAUCUCAAGUACACCUAUCAAGGCUUGCAACUGGUGGUGGUCAUCCUGCCUGGGAAGACGCCCGUCUAUGCUGAGGUGAAGCGUGUUGGUGACACGGUGCUGGGCAUGGCCACCCAGUGUGUCCAGGUGAAGAAUGUUCAGAAGACCACUCCCCAGACCCUCUCUAACCUCUGCCUGAAGAUCAACGUCAAGCUGGGCGGGGUCAACAACAUCCUCCUCCCACAGGGCAGGCCCCUGGUGUUCCAGCAGCCAGUCAUCUUCCUGGGUGCUGACGUCACUCACCCUCCUGCUGGAGACGGGAAGAAACCCUCCAUCGCAGCAGUGGUGGGGAGCAUGGAUGCCCACCCCAGCCGCUACUGUGCCACGGUGCGGGUACAGCAGCAUCGCCAGGACAUCAUCCAGGACCUGGCCACAAUGGUCAGAGAGCUGCUCAUCCAGUUCUACAAGUCCACCCGCUUCAAGCCCACCCGGAUCAUCUACUACCGCGACGGCAUAUCUGAGGGCCAGUUCAACCAGGUUAGACUUGAGGUGCUCCAACAUGAGUUACUGGCGAUCCGUGAGGCCUGCAUCAAGCUGGAGAAAGACUACCAGCCCGGUAUCACCUUCGUGGUGGUGCAGAAGAGACACCACACUCGACUGUUCUGCAUGGACAGAAACGAGAGGGUUGGUAAGAGUGGCAACAUCCCUGCCGGCACCACAGUGGACACCAAAAUCACUCACCCAUCGGAGUUUGACUUCUAUCUGUGUAGCCAUGCUGGCAUUCAGGGGACCAGCCGACCAUCCCACUACCACGUGCUGUGGGACGACAACCAUUUCACCUCAGACGAGCUGCAGGUACUGACCUACCAGCUGUGCCACACCUAUGUGCGCUGCACCCGCUCUGUGUCCAUCCCAGCACCGGCCUACUACGCCCACCUGGUGGCAUUCCGUGCCCGCUACCACCUGGUGGACAAAGAGCACGACAGUGCGGAGGGCAGUCACACGUCGGGACAGAGCAACGGGCGUGACCAGCAGGCCUUGGCCAAGGCAGUUCAGAUUCACCAGGACACACUGCGCACAAUGUACUUCGCCUGAAGCUCCAAGCCUGGGCACCGGGGUCGGCAGGGGUGAGACAGACCACACAGGGAAGAAGCCUUCACUCCUCCCACCUAACCCCCUUACUGUGUCAGGUGUGGGCAUCAGUGGGUUUGUGCCGUCUAUCGUCUCUCCUCACCAGUAAGGGGGCAUGUUAAGUGUCAUCCCAAACAAAUUGGAAUGGUUUCUUUUCCAAAAUGUCCACAAUUGUUUUCAAACCCACACAUGCAAAACCACUUUCUUCCCCUCUCCCUGGCCUUACCCUGGUCAUUAUUAGGCAGUAGUAUGUAAAAUGAUUCCUCAGAAAUAGUUUGUGGUGGGGUGGACUCGUUUAUUUGACAUGUUGUACAUUUUGUUUGUAUUUGUAAAUUAGUAGUUUACAGAGUUUGAGCAAAGGAAAAACUUUUAUUAGGAAAUACUUCUAUCAAAAACUAGAGGGCAGUAUCCUCACACUUUGAUUGUUUAGAAUCUAGACACAAGGUCACACUAAACCGUUUUCUCCAUAUUUUUUUUUAUAGGGUUAAAGGGAGGUGGGCAUAUCGAAGAUAAGGGCCCAAUGGAAGGUUUAUAAUCAUUCUUUUGCUUCACAACUUUAUUUAUCAGCCAAUCAAAGCAAAGUGCACUGACCAGAUGGAUACUUUGACCAGGACACAAAUACUUAACAUGUUGUCUUUUCAUUUGUAUGUACAGCUAUGAAUUGAACAGGCCUGUGUACAGUACCAGUUGCAGAGUAUUUGUCCAUCAACACUGGUGACCAACACAUGUUUUUAUGCUGCAUCUGAUGACAGCAAGCAUUAGAUUUUCAUUAGAUUUUGAAACUGUUAACACUUAUUUUUAAUCAAGACCUAUACAAAUUAGUAAUAUGAAAUCUAAACUGUCGGCAAUUGUCGCUCUCUUGCCUUUUUUACUUGGACUGAGUCGUUUUGUCAAUCUAUGGUCAGUGUUGCAAGAGAAACUUACUAAUAGAAUGGGACUGGUUCCCAACAGACACCUUUUUAUGUUCUCUGAGCCUUGUUACAUGUUAAGACAUCUACAUUAGGGGGGAGGUCAAGUCUCUUCAAAUUACAUUUUUGUAUCCCCUUAUUUUCAUGUUGUCUUUCUAAAAAAAAUAAUUUAAAAAAAUAUGAAUUUGUGUGUAGAUGACUCACACAGUCGAUUUGGAUAUGUUAACCCUAUCUGUAGUUUUGAUCUUUUUAAAAUGGUUUCAAUCAUGGUUUUCUCCCUGCUGGGGGGCAAGUCGUGUUGCUGGCAUCUUUAGUACAGGCGUUGAUGUAUGAAUCGGUACAGUAGAGUGAGCCUAUGCUCCAAGUGUCACACAGCUUAGGGACUGAAGAAUGAGGUGGGGUUCUAUUGGGUGGAAAAGGAUUCCGGAGAUGGAUAUGUUCUCUUCAUUAUUGCUCAGCAAAACAGGGGGGCAAUUAUUCGUAGUCAAGCAAAGGUUUUGUUUUUUAAUUGUGGUUCUUUGUAGCAUAGCCUUGAGGGACAUAUGGUAUAUUUUGAAUAAGCUUUUAGAAGAGGUUAUUAAAAUUAUAAUAGAAUAAUUUUUUUAUUGGCCCAUAUGUAGUUGAAUUAAAUUAAGUCAAAUUGGCUUUAUUUGUAUACGCAGAACUUUCAUGCAAAAAAAAUGUAAUGCCUUCCAAAACUGAAAUUAUACUGAUCUUUAUUAUAUUUAUUUUUAUUCCCUUUUCUGUUCUCCUGAAUAAUUCGAUUUUAGCAGGGAAUUCUUCAUGUAGCCUAGAUGGGCUGGCUUUUAUCCCUCUUUUCUAACUAUGCAUUGUUUUUAAACAAGACAUUUUUAGCAGUGAUGUUUCUCAAAUAUGAAUUUAGGGUAUUUGUAGUAAAAAAAAAAAAUUUUUUUUUUUUUUGCUUGGUGCAUUUAAUAGCGUUUGUAGUGCUUCUUCCCUAUACCUUUGUAAUGGUAUGGGGGAUUGUAUUUAAUUUGUAUUGUAUGUUUGCUAGCACAAAUUCGGUAUAUACUUCGUUUUACAAUCUUUCUUCUUAGCCAAACAAGAUUACACAUUUUGUACAUUGACGCACAAAAGGACAGCUUAAUUACAGGUGCUAGACGUUUUUUCUCCUUCACUGUAAUGUCACCUUAAAUCCACGAGGGACUUCACUUGCCGUAAGUAUGGUAAUAGAUUAAGCUUUUUUGAACAACUUUUUUUUCUUUCUCCCUUAACGAUAUUCAUUACUUUAAUUUCUAAUUCCCUGUAAAGUAAUCCAAAAUCUGACUGUUUGUUGGGCAUUCUUAGAAAUCAAGUACUUGAUAUUUACUGUUAUGUCAAUAUUAUUAUUUGGUGCUGGUCUUGCGACUUGUAAAUUUGGAUGCACUUUUCAUAGAAGUGAACUUGGUAUGAAUUCCAUUGAUUGGUUGAUCCAAGCAGGAAACUCGAACGUACAUUAUGAGUCUGGUGCAAUUGUGUUGAAAUGGCUGUGUGUUCUACCUCUUGUUACCUGUUCAAGUGUUAUGGUAACGUCACACUGCUGGUCAUUUCUUCAUAAUUACACAGGAUAUUAUAUCUGGUAGGCAUCAUUUGAAUCUUACAUUGUCACGAAAUGGAAUGAUUUUGAACGUUUGUCAUGUGACAGUCGGUGAACCUGCGUUCUGUAAUCAUAGUUCUUGUGCACGAUCCUAAAGCUGUUUAAAAAAAAAAAGUGGUUAGAGCGCUACAUGAUCUUUAGUGUUGAGCUGAAAUUAUGUUGGUCCAACCAAGCUUUUGACUUGGCCUUUUUUUUCCUAUGCGCCCAUGGAACAGCAUUCAUUUAGCCAACCAAUGCAAAACCAACCAAUGCAAAACAUAAAAAAAUAUAUCACAAUAUAUAUAUCCUUGCAUAUCCUUGGAGAUGGAUGAUAUGUUACCUAACUGACUGCUGUGAAACAUGUUGGUCAAGCCACGCUAAUAACAAUUAUAGCUGCUCACCCACAAUUUGACGAUUUACUAUUGUAGCCUAUGUCAUGUUUUUUAAACUAUUAGCUUGAUACUGAAUAUGCAACAUGUACUGCUGUGUUCCCAUAGAUACACAUGGGGUACAUGGAAAGGCAUCUCCCAUGUUGCUUUAAUUGGGUUCAUUGAAUGUAGCUGUUCAAUGAAAUAGUGACAUUUUUGUUUUGGAAUGCAUCGUCUAAGCUCUGCCUCAUGUUUAUUCAGGUUAUUGUUUGCUACAGUCAAUCGUACAGAGGGCAGAAACAUGUAGUCAAGUGGACUUGAUGUUAUUGAUAACUUGAGUUUGUUUUUUGCUAUGGAAACUAUGAUACAAGAUGUGUGCUUGUCCAUUGAAAUGUGAAUAUUUCCCUUUCAAUGUGGGUAAUGUUCAAUGUUUCAUACUACCAUUUUUCAUCGGUUUUCCCAACCUGUAGUCUGCCCCACCCUUUGUUCAUCCUAAACUUGUUUCUUGGGAGAUGUGGUCUUGUUUUUACUGCUUAUACGUGUUUUAAGUUACCUAUUUAUACACAGCACCUUAGAUUAUAUCGGACCUGUACAGCAUUGCUUUUCCUGAAAAUAUCCAAAACAUUUAAUAAUGUUCUUUUUUGCACUAAAAUAAAAAAAUACUUUUGGA